AUGGGAAGUCUGGGACAGAGCGACAACGCUCGGCUUGCCCGGAUCGAUGCCAACAAGAAGCUUGCCUAUGAGAUAUGCGAGAAAUGGUCGGUACCCAAGGGCGGAGACGUCGAUCCCUUUUUUGCCUUGUUUCACGAUAACGCAACUUUCACCACCAUUGCGCAGAAGGACAUGUUCCCCCGUCUGGCAGGCACCCUCGACAAAGCCGCUUUCAGGGACUGGGUCUUCAAGGAAUCUCGAGUGGGGGACGUGAAGGUCACAGUGGAGGGAAUCACGGCGGACGAAGACCGGCUAGCCUUGGAAGCCAGCUCGCAGAUGGAAAUUAAUGGCAAUUCGUACUGCAACAAGUAUCAUUGGUUGUUUGAGAUUGAAGACGGCAAAAUAUCAGCAGCAAGGUUUUAUCUUGAUACACUCUUCGCAAAAGAGGCCAUGCGUUGGGUAGAUGAGGCGGAGGUCGCUCAAGGUCUGCGCUAG